AUGAAACCAAUUCAGACAUCAGGAUCAACACUUGAUCGCUUUGAUUUAUUUACAAUUGUCUUUGAUAUCUGUAUUUCGAUUGUCGGCGGUUUGAUUGUCAAUCGUCUAGUUCCAAUCUUGAAAGAAAAAUUUAUUCGAGCACAACUAUGGGGAUACGAUUUGAAUAAAAGAACUUCACGAGAAAUUCAAAUCGCCGAAUCGCAAGGUGUUAUAGCUGCUGGAAUGUUUCUCAUACUCAUGUUUAUUAUGAUUGCUAUCGUCUUUUCCGAGCAUUUUCAUCCUCACAGUGAUUUCCCACAUAACAAAUUUGUCGAAUAUCUAGCUGCACUACUUUCCAUUUGCUGUAUGGUCUUACUGGGUUUCGCAGACGAUGUAUUGGAUUUACGUUGGAGUGUCAAAUUAUUACUACCAUUAAUUGCAUCAUUACCGCUCUUAUUGGUUUACUUUGCUAAUUAUCAUUCAACAACGAUUAUUUUGCCUAAACCAGUUCGAUCAUACAUCGGUCAUCAAUGGAAUCUCGGGAUUUUGUAUUAUAUUUAUAUGAGUAUGGUGGCAGUGUUUUGUACAAAUGCGAUUAAUAUUCUAGCUGGUGUGAAUGGAUUAGAAGUUGGUCAAUCGAUUGUGAUUGCAGUAUCAAUACUAAUCUUUAAUAUCAUUGAAUUGCAGGGUUCUUGUUUCGAAGAACAUCUCUUUUCUCUGUACUUCAUGAUUCCAUUUAUUGCAUGUACUUUUCCUAUUUUAUUGAGAAAUUGGUGUCCAGCAGAAAUCUUUGUCGGUGAUACGCUUUGUUAUUUUGCUGGAAUGACAUUUGCAGUCGUUGGAAUUAUUGGUCAUUUUAGUAAAACAAUGUUAUUAUUCUUUAUACCACAAAUUGUUAAUUUUCUUCUAUCAAUCCCGCAAUUAUUUCGUUUUAUUCCAUGUCCAAGACAUCGUCUUCCAAGAUUGAAUCCCGAGUUAAAUAAACUUAAUCCAUCAGAAAUUGAAUUUAAAAAGAAAGAUUUGACAAUCGUUGGAUGGUUAAUGUUACGUUUCUUUUCAGCAACAAAAUUUAUCAAAUAUCGUGAGUAUAAAAAGCAUGAUAAUCAAAUGAUGAUAUCUACAACGAAUUUUACCAUUAUCAACACUGUACUCUGUUGGUGUGGACCAUUGCAUGAAGAAACCUUAACUCAAAUUCUGAUACUGAUACAAAUUGUCUUUGGCACUUUGCUGACGUUUUUCAUUCGCUAUUAUUUAGUUCGAUUUUUCUAUGACACAUGA